CUCUAUUAAGUUUCAUGCUUCUCUUCCUCUCGAACUGAACAACACACACGACACAGAGGACUGGACGGAAAACAGACAGACAGGCUCUCCUGGUCCUUGCCUCCAUCUAUCCCAUUUUGUUAUUACCUCACUUCAUCUGCCCCCCUCUCCACUUCACAGUAGUUCUAUUCAUAUCUCUUAUGUCCAGCCCAUUUAUUUUUACUUGAUCUUCUCACUGCUUUUACUCAAUUUACCCGUCCAUCACAGGACAGCUGAUAGCUCUCUUACAAACUUUCGCCUUCCGAACCUAAAACAUCUCAUUAUUUGAUUCCAAUUAAAACACUUUUCAUCUAUUAUCUGCUUCUCUAAUCUUCAUUUGAGGUGUCCCGUCCCAUCCCCUGUACUUCUUCGGUUCUGGCCACUUCAGAUCAGUAUGUGGUCCAACUUCUUUGUACAACAGGAUGAGGAGGGUCGCACAGGGGUGGCAGGACAGAGUGGAGGUUUGGCUGGAAUGAAAGGUGGUAGAGGACAGAGGCGGAUCCACAAGAUGAGCGACAGCCAGGAGGGAAAGAUCAAGCUGGCUUUCUUUGUCUCUAUCGUUGGUGUGACCCUCACGGUGCUGGGCAUGGGGACAGAGUUUUGGGUGGAGCUGGCCCAACCAAAGAAUUUCAGCGGCAACCAGACCUGCCAGAUGGCCCAUUACGGCCUUUGGAAGGGCUGCAUCCGCACCCUAUGGGUGGAUGACAUAGACCCAGAGAGGACAAGCUGUGGUCCUGCUGAUCUACCUGGAGAAUCCAACUGUACUUACUUCAAAUUCUUCACCUCUGGGGAGAAUGCAGUCAUAUUCAAGAAGACAACUAAGAAGAGUCUGAAUCUAGCAGCAGCUGUCUUGGCCCUUUUGAGUCUGACCAUGAUGGUGAUGGGCUCCAUAUGCAUUGCCAUGUCGCUCAGCAAAGGAGUGCAAUUCUUUCUUAAGCCAGCUUCCUUCUGCUUCAUCCUAUCAGGUGUACUGGUCCUACUCUCUGUCCUCAUAUUCCACCAGUCUGUGCUGGCCUUACUGUCCAGUGACCACUCCAUACCUUUACACCAUGAACUGUCCUGGUCUGUGGCCUGCGUGGGCUCAGCGGGAGGCAUUCUUAUUUUCGGAGGCAUCCUCUUCAUCAUUCUCGCUCUUCCUUUCAGCCCAUGGCAGAAAUGCUUUCCACACAAGAACAGCGACACCUAGCCCUCCGAUGCUGCACACAGUAUUCACGAUGUCUUUGCUUAUGAGGAAGGAGAAAUUAAUUUCUGACAGCUGUGAUGUCGAGCUUGCUCUUGGCAUUGGAUUUGCCAGAGAAGCCAUACUAACUUGGUCUUAAAUUUAUGAAAGGGAGUCAACAACACAUACACAACACAGCAUGGCCUACAGAGGUAGAUUUUGCAACGAAGUGCUUUUGUUCAUUUUAGCAUAAAAUCGAAUGACUGACGGGGCUACUGCUGACUUUUUUAGUGUUUACUCAAACCUGCGUCACAAAUAGGUUUGUUAGUCCGCCUAUAGCUCUACAAACAUAUAAACCCAAGCUUUAUACUGGGAUAAGUCAUGUAGAUGCUUUUCUUUUUAAUUGCUGAGACUUUUUUUUUU